CGACAGGCUGCAGGGCGGACUCACCGAACAAGAAAGGGAGUGAGAAUAGUCGGAGAAGAGUGCGCUCGGUCUCACGCGCACCAACUCAUUCACAAGCGUUUGCUGGAGGAGUGUCGGCUACACUGUCGCUGGCGCACACAAUAUUUGGAGGAGAAUUUCACUCGGAUCUUUUUCUCUUUCCUCUUUAUGGGUCAUUAAUAAGAGUAGAACUUAAUUGGACCGCCUCUCCAUUGGCCGAUGGUAAUCUGUGGUCCGGUCAGCAUACCCAGCAGACACCGACGGACGGUCGCGGGCUACCGACCGGGUGAUGGCGAGUCAGGGUAGCCGGUGCAAGAUCGUGGUAGUCGGGGACACACAGUGUGGAAAGACUGCUUUGUUACAUGUGUUUGCAAAGGAUUGUUAUCCCGAGAAUUAUGUCCCCACUGUGUUUGAGAACUACACCGCGAGUUUUGAGAUUGACAAACAGAGAAUCGAACUGAACAUGUGGGAUACAUCAGGCUCUUCCUACUAUGAUAAUGUGCGUCCGCUGGCCUACCCUGAUUCGGAUGCUGUGCUCAUCUGCUUUGACAUCAGCCGACCAGAGACUCUGGACAGCGUGCUCAAGAAGUGGCAGGCAGAGACGCAAGAGUUCUGUCCCAGUGCGAAGCUGGUGCUGGUGGGCUGUAAGCUGGACAUGAGGACGGAUGUGAGCACGCUUAGAGAGCUCUCCAAACAGCGCCUCAUCCCCGUCACACACGAACAAGGCAGUACGCUGGCGCGUCAGUUGGGAGCGGUGGCGUACGUGGAGUGUUCGUCGCGCGUGUGUGAGAACAGCGUGCGGGACGUCUUCCACAUCACCACGCUGGCCACGGUGCGGCGGGCGCACGCCCACCCGGGCUCCUCGGGCUCGUCCUCGGGCGCCCUCAAGCGCAGCACCUCGCGCCGCGCCCUCAAAUGCAUCUCCCAGCUGCCCCUGCCUCUGUCUGGCUCUGCCUCCCAGACGCACGAGCCAGCCCCCACGCUACGCAAGGACCGCGCCAAGAGCUGUGUGCUGAUGUAGUGCACACACACACACACACAGAUACACACACACAUAGACAUACGUAAGCAAAGAACUGAUACCUGAGAAGAACUGAUCCCUACUGUAUGUAUAUACAUAGGACAGGUACACAAGCACAUGCUAAAAUAUGUAUACACUUGCAAGUAUGGUUCUCACCAUGAACCCACACAUUAACACAUAUACACACACAUACACACUCCAAGCCACCCUUACAGAUGUGCAGUUUGCAUCUGCAGAAGUAUUACGUGACAUCCCACAGAGCUUUAUUUAUUGCUUUUGAUGUAUGGUUUAUGUUAUUCUGCUUGUGUAAAUGACCUGCAGUCUCGCUGGACACACCCUUGGACUUGGGGGUUUACAUUCUCUUGGCAUUUUGUUUUCUAGUUUUGUCUCUCCUUUCCUCCUUUUUAUUUUCCAAUUGGCUUAGAGAGAGUAUCUCUCACCUUCUCAAAUUAGACCUCAGGACAGGACAGGGGCUGGGACUGCUGGAUGUCAGCUCUGCUCUCUGAUUGGUUGCCGCAUAGUUUCCCUCUCCCCGGUUUCCACUGACAGUAGUGGUUGUCAAAUGUGAGAGAAGGAGAUUCAAAGGAAAAGGGAGGAAGAGACUCUCUGAGGUUUUGCUAUAUAUAGCCAAAUGGUUCUGUUGCUGCCUCCAAAAUUGAACUCAUCUAAAAGGGAUGUCAAAAAAAAAGAAAAGAAAUAUGAUCAAAAAGUGACGAGGAGAAGGAGAAAUAGGAAAUGUGAAAUUGUGGCGGAUUUAUGAUGUUUCUUUUCUGCAGGUCCUAGAAACCACAAGUGCUUUUCCAGAUAAGAUCACUGUACAUAUCAGUUUAACUAUGAAUGCCAUGUAAUGAAUUGUGCUCAGCCUUUGUUCCGUGGAGCUCCGCAGAUGACUAAGAGGAAGGGAACCCAGAGUGUCGUGUUGGACGCCACGAUAGACACCCUUGCGUGGGAAUCGACGCGAUUCCACCACUCAACUCUGGCCCCUUUGCUUAAAGGAAUAUUUUCAUUUUGUUGUGUACAGAUAUCUAUGGGGGAAGGGAGGAGAUGGUUGAAGAAAUAUGUAAAAUAUGAUGAUGUUUUAAAUAUGUUUAUUGUGUUGGAAUUUGAAGCACAGUAAAAACAGAGACAAGCUACGC